UUCAUUCGUCUGCGAAGUCUUUAGGUUGCGGGAUCAAGAGCUGGGUGUGGAAUAACCGAUACGAUGGGUUCAGCGGGGAAGUACGAGCUUCCGUUCAAGCUCAACAAUCCAGACCUACUUCACAACGAAUCCUUCGUCAAUGGGACGUGGGUAAAAGCCAAGUCCGGCAAGACAUUCGAGGUCGUCGACCCCGGAACAGGAAAAGCCUGGAUCGAAUGCCCCACAAACGACGCUUCCGACGUCGACGAAGCCGUCAAGAGCUCCCACGCCUGCUUCGAGAAGUACAAGAAGAUCAGCCCGCGCGAGAGAGCACAACUCCUCCUAAAAUGGGACACGCUGAUCCGCGAGAACAAGGAAGACCUCGCAACCAUCUUGGUGUACGAGACGGGCAAACCGCGAUCCGAGGCGUACGGCGAAAUCGACUACUCCACAGGCUUCACGUGGUGGUUUGCAGGCGAGGCCGAACGCAUCCAGGGGUCCGUCUUCACGCCCGCACUGCCAAAUAGGAGGAUCUUCACUAUCAAGCAGCCGCUGGGUGUGGCAGCUGCCCUGGUGCCGUGGAACUUUCCCAUUGCUAUGGUCUUGAGGAAAGCGGGUGCUGCGCUCGCGGCGGGCUGCACUAUGAUCGUUAAGCCCAGCCCUGAGACGCCCAUCACUGUGCUCGCGCUCGCUCAUCUGGCAGACAAAGCUGGCUUCCCCAAGGGCGCGCUGAACGUGCUCACCACCGACCUCAAUAAGACGCCGGAGCUCAGUGAGGCGCUCUGCCGCCAUCCGCUGAUCAGCAAAGUCACCUUCACGGGAUCAACCCGCGUCGGUAAACUUGUAGCCAAAAUCUGCGCAGACAACUUGAAGAAAGUCACCCUCGAGCUCGGCGGUAACUGCCCCGUCCUCAUCUUCAACGACGCCAGCCUCGACCAAGCUAUCAGCCAGGUCUUCGCGCUGAAAUACCGCCACGCGGGCCAGGCGUGCAUCACCGCGAACCGCGUGUACGUGCAGUCCGGGAUCUACGACACCUUCCUCUCGCGCUGGAAAGCCGAGACAGCGAAGCUCAUCGUAGGCCACGGGGCCGAUAAAUCAACGACCAUGGGCCCCGUAACAACACCCCGCGCCGUGGACAAAGCCCUCGCCCUCGUCCAGGACGCGCGCGAUAAAGGCGCAACGAUCCACACGGGCGGCAACAAGAUCUCCAACAACAGCGGUGGCUUCUUCUUCGAGCCUACCGUCAUCACAGAUGUCACGCCCGAUAUGGAUGUAGCGCAGGAAGAAGUCUUCUCGCCCAUCUGCACGAUUAUCAGGUUUGAGACUGAGGAUGAAGCGGUAAGAAUGGCGAAUGAUACGAGUAUGGGGCUUGCGUCGUAUUUGUUCACGAAGAAUGUGGAUCGCUUGUGGAGGUUGUUUGAGAGCUUGGAGGCCGGCAUGAUUGGGUUGAAUACUGGGAAUUCGUCGGCGGCUGAGUCGCCGUUUGGCGGCAUCAAGCAGAGUGGGUAUGGGAAGGAGUCCGGGAAGGAUGUGGCGGUGAAUGAGUACAUGAUUACGAAGACGGGGACGUUUACUUUGGAGGAGCAGGCGUAGGGGGGGAUCUGUCUGAAUGAGGAUGUUCUGUCUUGCAUCUGUUUGUCGUGUUUGAUUCAAAGCUAUGCAUGUCCAUGGCGCUAAGCUAGCUCUCGCCAGACCGCGACAUGACGCUCCAGCCGUGAGGC